UAUCGAUUACAGCAUGGAGCUUGUAGCUGUUCACCCUUAAAGUACACGCACAUCGACACACAUGGUCAUUUGCCGCAUCCACAUCACCUACCAUACAGUGGAAAUCCCGUAUUGGCAUUGUCCUAUUGCUACUUGAUUCAAGGAAAAUGUCUUACCGUACGAAACGAUCUACCUUUCGAGAUGCAAUACGUCUGCGAAGUCGAUUGCAAACCUGUUUGCAUACCACCAUGUCAACCUUGCACGGUUCCCUGCGAGCCUGCUCCUGUACCCUGCACAGCUUCUCCUUGCGGUGGAUGUCUUCCAGAUUCUUGCUAUCAACCAUGUCAACCCUGUCAACCCUGUCAACCUUGUCAACCCUGUCAACCUUGCCAACCAUGUCCUCCCUGUGCAGAACCAGUAACCGUCUUAGAACCAAUGUGUCAACCGAACGUUCAAAGAAAGAACACUUGUGCCUAAUAACACGUUGCGAUAUAUUUUGUUUUUUUAUAAUAAAAUAUUUCAAAAAAAACCAUUUUGAGCACAUUUGUUUAUUAUAUACAUCAUCAUUUUUGUAACGUAACGUUGUAGAAAUCGGUUAUGUAAUUUAUACAAACAUUUUAUAAUAUGUUAUAAUUUGUAGACUUUUUUUACUUAAUAUUUAAUUAAAUAAAUAAAAUAUAAAUUAUACAUUUA